AUGGAGCCAGGAUUCGUGGGAUGGGUGAUGGAGCUUACGGCCUGGGUGGCCCCCUUUUUCAUCGUCAUGUCGCCCAUCCUCUCCUACGCCGAUCAAAUUAUCUCCAUGUACCGAAAUAAGACCAGUGCAGGCUUCUCGCUCGACAUCCCUCUCAUCAUGCUCGUCGCGUCUUUCCUGAGAAUCUUCUACUGGCCCCAAGCGCAAUACGAUACGAGUCUACUCCUUCAGUCGCUGCUGAUGGUUAUCGUCCAAAUAGCUCUCCUAAAAGUCGCCCUAGACUACCGACCUCCCCCACCUACCAAGGGCGGCGAGGCCGGUUUGCCAUUUGCCGGUGCUGAUGAUGGUUUAAUGGGCUUCCAGCGUCCUUAUAACUUUUGGCAAUGGCGAUCCCCUCGACGAUACUGGCAUGCUAUUAUGUACUUUGCUGCUGGUCUUGUGUUUUUGGAGCUUCUCCUUUCCCAGAUGCCUGGACUAUACGCCGUAUAUGCGAACACCAUCGGAUGCAUUGGACUUGGCGUAGAAGCGACUCUCCCUAUCCCGCAGAUCUUGGUCAAUAUGCGGUCCAAGUCAUCAAAAGGUCUACGAUUAUCGGUCCUGGCAGCUUGGAUUGGCGGUGAUACCAUGAAGCUUUUCUGGUUCUUUACGUCAAAAUCCGGAAUUCCUUGGUCGUUCAAGAUUUCGGGUAUGUUCCAGGCUUCGUGCGACUUCUUCCUUGGUUUCCAGUACUUGCUUUACAAUAGCCCCGAGGAGCCAGCGCAAAUCAAGGAACACCCCAUGGUCGAGUGGGAGGCACCCAAGUCAACUACACGAAGUCAUAGCCGGAGCCUCACCCCUACGCGACGACCUGUACCAUUUGUUGGCGCUGAAGAGGCCAAAUAA